CUCCUACCUCCACUGUAAGUGGGCGACUCUGGAGGAGCUGGAGAAGGACCCCAGGAUCUCCCAGAAGAUAAAGCGCUUCCGGAACAAGCAGGCUCAGAUGAAGCAUAUUUUUACAGAGCCUGAUGAGGAUUUGUUCAACCCGGACUACGUGGAGGUGGAUCGGAUUCUGGAGGUGGCUCACACAAAGGACCCUGACACCGGGGAGGAGGUCACUCACUACCUGGUGAAGUGGUGCUCGCUGCCCUAUGAGGAGAGCACCUGGGAGCUAGAGGAGGAUGUCGACCCAGGGAAGAUUAAAGAGUUUGAAGCCCUCCAAAUCCCUCCAGAAAUCAAGCACAUGGAGCGCCCAGCAUCUGACACCUGGCAGAAACUGGAGAAGUCUCGGGAGUAUAAGAACAGCAACCAGCUGCGGGAGUACCAGCUGGAGGGCAUGAACUGGCUGCUCUUCAACUGGUAUAACAGGAAGAACUGCAUCCUGGCUGACGAGAUGGGGCUGGGGAAGACAAUCCAGUCCAUCACCUUCCUCUCAGAAAUAUUCCUGAUGGGCAUCCACGGCCCCUUCCUCAUCAUCGCACCGCUCUCCACCAUCACCAACUGGGAGCGGGAGUUCCGCACCUGGACGGAGAUGAACGCCAUCGUGUACCACGGCAGCCAGAUCAGCCGCCAGAUGAUCCAGCAGUACGAGAUGGUCUACAGGGACCCCCAGGGUAACCCUCUCCCUGGCAUCUUCAAGUUCCAGGUGGUUAUCACCACCUUUGAGAUGAUCCUUGCCGACUGCCCGGAGCUGAAGAAGAUCCAGUGGCGCUGCGUGGUCAUUGACGAGGCACAUCGCCUGAAGAACAGGAACUGCAAGCUCCUGGAGGGGCUGAAGCUCAUGGCCCUGGAGCACAAGGUGCUGCUGACUGGGACGCCCCUGCAGAACUCUGUGGAGGAGCUCUUCAGCCUCCUGAAUUUCCUGGAGCCGCAGCAGUUCCCCUCAGAGACAGCCUUCCUGGAGGAGUUUGGAGACCUGAAGACAGAGGAGCAGGUGAAGAAGCUGCAGUCCAUCCUGAAGCCCAUGAUGCUGCGACGGCUGAAGGAUGAUGUGGAGAAGAAUCUGGCACCCAAGCAGGAGACCAUCAUUGAAGUGGAGCUGACCAAUAUCCAGAAGAAAUACUACCGGGCCAUCCUGGAGAAGAACUUCUCCUUUCUCUCCAAGGGUGCCAACCAGCACAACAUGCCCAACCUCAUCAACACCAUGAUGGAGCUGCGGAAGUGCUGCAACCACCCGUAUCUCAUCAACGGGGCAGAGGAGAAGAUCCUGGAAGACUUCCGUAAGACGCACAGCCCGGAGGCACCAGACUUCCAGCUGCAGGCGAUGAUCCAGGCGGCCGGGAAGCUGGUGCUCAUUGAUAAGCUGCUCCCCAAGCUGAUCGCCGGUGGGCACAAGGUGCUCAUCUUCUCCCAGAUGGUGCGCUGCCUGGACAUCCUGGAGGACUAUCUCAUUCAGAGGCG